GCGGCACCGGGCAUGGACGGGGCCGGGCUGGGCGCCGCCGCCUGCGCCGCGGCCGCGGGGCUGCUGCUCUACCGCAUCGCGCGGAGGAAGAAGCCCACGCACGUGACAGUGAACUGCUGGUUCUGCAACCAGGACACGGUGGUGCCCUACGGGAACCGCAACUGCUGGGACUGCCCCAACUGCGAGCAGUACAACGGCUUCCAGGAGAAUGGAGAUUACAACAAGCCCAUCCCUGCCCAGUACAUGGAACACCUUAACCACGUUGUGUCAGGCAGUCCAACUUUCUGUGACCCCACCAAACCACAGCAGUGGGUGAGCAGCCAAAUUCUGCUCUGCAAGAAAUGCAACAACCAUCAAACCAUGAAAAUCAAACAGCUGGCUUCAUUCUCACCAAGGGAGGAGGGCAAGUACGAUGAGGAGAUUGAGGUGUACAAGCACCACCUGGAGCAGACCUACAAGCUGUGCCGCCCGUGCCAGGCUGCUGUGGAGUAUUACAUAAAGCACCAGAACCGGCAGCUGCGGGCGCUGCUGCUCAGCCACCACUUCAGGCGCCGGGAGACGGACAAGAGCUACACCCAGAAUUUGUGUUCAUCCUCCUCUUCCACUUCCAUCACCACGCCAGCUCAGGUGAUACUUCUGCGGUUCCUGGCCUUCCUCAGCUGUGCAUUCCUGGUUCUCAUGGCCUGGUAUGGGUCAGGCGACCCCUUCUCCCUCAGCACGGCUGUCCCUGCUGCUGUCCCCUCCGGCCCCGCUCCCGUGCGGAACAGGACCGGCGCGAGCGCCCGCGGUGACAGUGACAGUGACGGUGACAGUGACAGUGGCAGCUCGGGGCACGGCUGGCCAGAGCUGCUCCACCUGCUCCCGGAGCACCUGCUGGAGAACCUGAGCGCGGCGUGGGCCUACGGCAAGAAUCACCAGAUGGCAGUGGCUGUGCUGGGGCUCUUCACCUGCCUGCUGGCCGUGUUCCUGGCGGGGCGCAUCAGGCUCCGGCGAAUCGAUGCCUUUGCCUCGGUGCUGUGGUUCGGAGUGAUGAGCCUGCAUUUGGCCGAGCGCUACCUGAAGACGGAGACGCCCAGCUGGCUGGACACGGCCAAGUUUGGCACCACGUCCCUGUGCUGCCUGGUGGGCUUCACCGCAGCCGUGGCCACGCGGAAGUCAACGGGCCAGCGGAGAUUCCGGCCCCGAAGGUUCCUCUCUGGGGACUCCAUGACUGUCUUUCCCAGCAGCCCUGGCACAGCCUUCCCUUCACCUGCCACGUCUCUGUUUGUCCCAACACCACCCAGUAUCCUCCACCUGACAAACCAGCAGCUCUUCAGGUCCCCACGCAGAACUGCCUCGUCCUCUCUUCCCGGCCGUCUCAACAGGGCGCUCUCGCUGGGCACCAUCCCCGAACUGACCAGGCUGGAUUCUGGCUACUUGUUCAGUGGAAGCCGGCCGGCCUCACAGUCAUCCCAGUCCAAGGAAUUCCCAAUAUCAGAUCCCUUCUGGCUGCCGGCGGGCAGCCGUGCCCCGUCCCGCCUGCCGUCCCCGGCGCCGUCGGUGGCCGGCUCGGUCACCUCCAGCUCGGGGUCGCUGCGCGUCCGCCGGCCGCUCAUCAGCCCCGCGCGCCUCAACCUGCAGGGCCAGAAGCUGCUGCUGUUCCCUCAGAGCGAGGCCCUGCUCAGCCCGGGCGGCUCCGAGGAGCAAACCCACUCCGACAGCAACGCCUGUGCCCCCGAGCUGCCCGGCUGCCCCAGCAAGAGCCUCGGCGUGCCCGAUAUGAGAUCUGCUGUGGAAGGGGGGAGUAUUUGCAGUGAUAAUUCCAUCAAAAAGGAGGAUCACUCAUCGAACUCAUCUACCUGUGUGGUAGACACAACUACCAAAGGGGAUGAUUUGGCAGGCUGGAGAGGUCGCUUUGGUACCUCUGCUCUCCGGGGCCUGCUGGCCGUGAGCCUGACCCUCAACGCUGUCUUCACAUCAGCCUACGUCUACAGGAGCCUGCGCUGACUUGUGCCAACACUCCCUGUCUCUCUGGUUCCACCUGGUCCUGAGGAGACACCAACAACUCCACCACGGCUUCACGGCCAAGGCCACGCCACCGGUGCAUGCUGUUCAUCAAAAAGCUACUGUACACUCAGCUGGCAUGAGAAGGAACCUGGGCAGCUGCUGCCAUCACUUCCAGGUAGAACAUAUCCCAGGACUGUUCCUGGAGAUGGCAGGCAGAAUUCCCAGCUCCAGCUCAAAGCAGGAGGCCACUCCAAUGGCCCACACACUUUCUUUCAAAAGAACUGAACUGAGACACCUGAAAAUGUGUGAGCUGCAUUUUUAGGAACCUACCCCAUGCUCUUCUUUUUGACAUACUGACCUCGUGCUGAUGGUGCUGGUAAAAUGGGGAGAAUUAGAACAAAUGAGCUGAAGAAGAGGGAUGGCUUAGUAGCUGGUGCUGGGCUUUGGCAACUGUAACAGCACCCCCAGGCUCUGCUCAGUGGUUCCUCUUCUCUCUUCUCUCUGGCAUUCUCCUCUAAAUUGUCAGUGAACUUUCUUUAGUUGCCUUAAGCUUGCCUAAGCACAUGGGUGACCUUGGCUGCUCUGUCAUGUUCUUGCAUCUUAGAUGUCCUUGUGCUUCCAGCUGGACCUGGCCCUGAGGCCACUUUUACCAGUUCCAUCCUGGCCAUGCUGGUUCUCAGCCCGCAGUGUGUGCCUGUGUCCAGCCCUCUCUGUGGCUGCAGGGCUGCACAGCCCCCAGACAGACACCUGUGCUGGCUGCAGCAGAACCUGGAAGCCCAAGCCUUGCUUUGCCCAGGAGGCAUGAACUGUGCUACUCUAAAGUGGGUAAAAAGAAAGGAUCCUGGUGUGCUUUGCACCACAGUCGAAGGGCCUCAGCUCACAGCUCUGCUGGAGUUCUCACUGAAGCAUUGAGUGGCAGAGCCUGUUCUUGCUGUAAAUCGCACAAAUCUGUUCUGUUAGAGGUGGGUGAGGAGCUGUCUGAUUGUAUACAUCUACCCAGAAACCUAACACCUCAGUCUGACAUUGGGAUUUGCUGAGUAACUGUUUAAAAUAUUUCUUACUAGUAAAAUGCACAGGUGCUCUCAGUGGGAAAUGCCAAACCUGCUUCUGGACAGUUCAGCCUUCUGGAUAGAUUCUUCUUUUCUAGCCCGAGGAAAGUAGUAGAUUUCCAAAAGCAGUUUGUAGUUUGGGUAUUUCUGGAUUUUGGGUAAGUCUUCAGCAUUGCUUAGAAUUCAUGGGCCAUUUAGAAUAUUGUGCUGAACACUCAGAGUCAUUUAAUGCAUCUUAGGGAAAAAAAUCUUGAUGUUUUGGUUCUCAAAAACCAAGUGCAGAGAGAAGAUUCACCAAUGUGUUAAAAAUACCUGGUGAGAAGAGAGUUGACUUGCAUUAGCUGUGUAUUUCCUGAAACAGGACUCAAAUGUAUUAAGAGGUUUUCUGUUGUCUCUUCCUUUGUGCUCCUUUACCUCAAAUUUCACCCCCCUGCCCCACUGCCCUGUGUUUGCAACCUGAAUUGGUGAUUUCCAUCCUCAAUUGGUGAUUGGUGUCUUUCCCUCCCUUUCAGUCUGCUGCUGUUCCUCUCUUGUGUUCUUGCAUGUGCACAGAGCAAAGUGUAUCUGCUGCUGAGCAUGGAGCCACAGCUCGCAGUGAUGAUCACUCUCCUUUCACUUUGUUUUCUUUGUUGCACGUUUUAGUUGAGCUCCUACCCAGCCUCACUUAGAGCAUGGGAGCCCUGGCCAGGUUCUGAUCAGCUGCAUGUGACAGCAUAAACGGGGCUUUGCUGCCGAUUCAAGCACUGAAAACCUGAGUGUCUUUGUGUUUUCCAAAUCCCCCUGCAUGCUUUGAGCUGCCCACUUCCAGCUGCUGCUCCCACCCUGCCUGUGGGUGAGCCUGGUCCCUCUGUGGCUCGCAGGGGAGGCCGGGGCUGCUCACGCUCGUGCUGAGCCAGGGGCUGAGGAAAGGUCACUGCUGGCUGCAUCUCCCUCGGCCUCCUCGGGCAGCAGUGAAGGGCUGCACUGCCAGCACCUCCUGGACCAAGGCCCAGAGCCAGGAGAGACCUGCAGCACAAAGAUAUGCUGCAGACUGAUGAAUUCUAUUGUAACUUGCAUGAAUUGUCCCUUGUAGCCAAACCGGACCCAUAACCUCGUUGUGAAGAGAUUUUUGUCCCUUUUAUAGACUUUGCACACUCACCCGAGCAUGUGUACAGGCAGGAUGAUGGCAGAGCAGCUGCCAAGCUUCUCUUUAGGCCUCUGCUCUCUGGGUUUCAUGAUGUUCUGGUGCCAUGUGUGAUCCUUGUCCCACCUGGAGGCCUCCUACACAGAGAGACGAGCUGCCAGAAAAUGCCGUGGCUUUGCUUGUCUCCAUCACCCAGCAGAUGUGCACUGUGACUCCAUGUAUGCAAACCUCCCUCUUUCACCUGCCAGCCUCCGCUGAGUUUCACCACCACACUCAACCAGAUUGCAAUACCAACCUUCUCCUCCUCUCCAGCCAGCCAGGAGCUGCAGCAUCUCCAUCUCUUCCCACCCGCGUUCCAGAACGAGAACACUAACCUGUCACUGCACUUCUGUGGCUGCUCACUCAAACUGUUCUUGGAAGGGGGUUUGGUGACCUUGUCCAAAGCAAUAGAGAGACUUUGGGAAUUGGGAAGCUUUUCAUUUGGUGCUAGAACUCUCCCGUGGUGCUCUCAUUGUUGUGAAGCCUUUCCUUGAGGAACACACGAGCGUGAGUGUGUGUGUGUGUGUGUGUGUGUGUGUGUGUGUGCGUGCAGAUGUACAAAAACAUUUGCAAGGUUUCUUCAUUUCAGAAGAUCUGAGCCCAUGUUUGUCUGUAUAUUGUUGGCCUUAAUCUAGCUCGUAGAUACUGUGUCUAUCUUGCUGCUCUUUUCUGUACAAAGCUGGUUUGGAGGAAGCAGAAGUUUAUCUGGUCCCCCUGUAAAAAUAUCUGUGACUGAUGAUGUUGAUCUUCAUACAGUGUUGUUCAGAGGGGAGAUUUUAUUUUUCUAAUACUUUUCCUACUGUAAAAACUGUUGGAGUGUAUGGAGUGGGAAAGAUCUUUACAAAAUGGCCUGAUAAAGAUCUGAACAUGACUUAAUAAUACCAACAAUUAAUGAUGAGGUCAAGUGAGCUUUAUUUCCAGACCUUUUCCAUUUCCUACUUUCCACUGAAAAUGUCCAGGUACUUUUUCUUUGGCUAUGGGCUUGUUAGGCAUGUUCUGAGACCUUGCAGAUACUUUAGAUGAUUUUGCUGUUCUGAAUUAGAAAGAAUUUGUAUUUUGGAGUCUGGUUCCAGUUCCACAGUCUGGGGAGUUAGGCAGAUGUGACAAAUAUUGUGCACAUAUCUAUUUGAUGGGAUAGAGGGAGUGGGUAGAACAAGUUGCUGGUUUCUGAAGAUUACCAUACCUUUUUACAUAAAACCUUAGACAUUAAAUUGGUCACUGGGGAGAAAAAAAACUCAUUCCUGGCAUAUGUAGGCCAGAUUCACUGAAUUUUAGCCUAUUUGUUCAAGCAACAGAUGAGGCCUGUGAAUGUUUGAUUCCCGCUCCCUCUUCCUGGGUGCUGGGAACAUCUGUAAAAUCUGUAAAUCCCUGCUGAACUGGCUGGGUUCCUUGUAACAGGGCAGCUGGACUGAAGGGCUUCUGUUGCCUGUGGAUGCUGCUAUAUUUUUCUUCCAAGCACCAUUCCUGGAAAUAAUGAUGGUCUUAACUUCUCUCACAGACAUUUGUUAAAAGGCUAGAAUGGGCCUAUUUGGCCCAUACUUUUUUUUUUUUUAAUAAUAUAUGUUGCAUCCAGAAAUUACCAUCACUGUGUUCUGGGCUGGGAGUAAGGUACAGAGUAUUUUUUGACUGAAUGGGUAACUAGAGAGGGUGAGGAGGACAACUUCAAGUCCUAAACCUUAUUUCCUGUGAAAGAAAGACUGUAUGUUAUGUGUGUGUACUUUGGGGAGCUGUAUCACUGUACAGUUUAGUUAAACAUGCUCCAAGGAAGGAGAAGCUGUUCCUCGGAGGUUUUUAGUUCAUGCUUCGUGUUUAAAGAGGAAUAUUUUUCUUUAAAAAAUAAAACCGGAUAAGUUUUCACCU